GACAUGUUGCUCCUCUUAGUUGUGCUGGUUUUAGUAGCUUCCGUCCAGCCUAAUGAAGAUGAUAAAGGGUAUAAUGCCUUACACUUUGGUACUAGCAACAGUGACUAUGUGACAUUUAGGUUUGAUAUAUCCCCGUUCCGCAACUCGUUCUCUACGUGCAUGUGGAUAAAGCGUAUUUACACCUCCUCCUCCUACCCAAUGGUAGCAGACUACUACAGCUCUGGUGGAAAUGAUCUUAUUAUAACAGCUAAUGGGGCCCAGACGUAUGUAGUACAUGAUGGUGGUCUGAGUAGCGCAUCAAGUAAGUUUGCCACACCCACCGGUAAGUGGUUUAAUCUCUGCCUGACCUGGUCUCUAUCUUCAACAACAAGUAACCUGUAUCUGGAUGGUGAACUCGUGGCAACAGACCAGACAGCAUCAGGGAAAUCACUUACCGCGGGUGGACAGUUGUGGUUUGGCAGAGCCUCUAGCACUUGGACUAAUAGUGCUAAUAGAAUAUUUGGUGGUGAGCUGUACCAGUAUAAUAUGUUUGCCGAGGUGCUGAGUGCUGCUACAAUUAGGAAGAUAGCUGAUGGUGGGUUGUGUUUUGACUUGGAUGGACUUUCUGAGACGAGAGUGUUACGGUGGUUGGAUAUUCUGAAGAAGUCUAGGAGUGGGUCUGUGACGGAUACUGAUACAGGGUGUAAAAAAACAUUGAAUAAUACGCGUGAGUCACAAGCGAAUCUGAAUGAAACAGAGACAGAGCUGCAGAUGAUAAAGGAGCAGUUAGAAACUGUCACUGGACAGUUAGAAACUGUCACUGGACAGUUAGAAACUGUCACUGGACAGUAUGAAACUGUCACUGGACAGUUGAACAGGACUGAGGAUAAACUUGAGACUGAAACUACCCGAUUUAACGAGUCACAGGCUGAACUAGACACUGUCAGAGGUCGACUGGGAGCUGAGCUCAACCAAACAGUAGAGGAACUGGAAACUUGUUCUGCGAAUCUUAACAAGACAAAGUCCCAGCUAGACGGUGCCAGAAAGUUUGAGAAUAUCACUCGGUGGGAUGUGUUGUUUACAGCGCCGUAUUACAACAAGGUAUUCUCAGAUGAUAUGUACGAAGAGCUGACAACAGGCUGGGACAUGUUAAGUAAAUUGGUUGGCGUUAACAUGACUGAUGGGGUAGUCAACCACUUUCGGGAGUACCACUCGGAAUCUAUGUGCGGCGUCUUCGACCAUUUCUCAUCCUUUUUGGAGAUACUCAGCCAGUUUAUCGGAGUUGAAAUGACAAAGGGGAUUGUGGAACACUUUAGAGAAUCCUACAACGACGGCGAAUGUGGCAACAACACAAAGAGUUAACUCUCGCUUGGUUGAUACGAAUUGCAGAUCCGAUCAUGGGCUGAACCGAUGGAGAUUAGAUAAGAGACAUAUUUUUCGUCGGGACUUAAUUUUACUUGCCCAGCUAAUAUUGCAUAAAUCAAGCUGUGUUACGACGGCCGUUAAUCAUUUUGAAUUGAACACUGUUAUUUAAUCUUAAACAGUGAACAUUUUUUACGGGAGGUUACAAAUAAUACGUAUUACCUAAUUUUUCUUUUUACCUGCUUUCAAUUGUUCAUUUUAUUAGGACAUGUGUUAGAACAUAUUAUGUUCAAAUUGAAUAUUAAUUGAUGAUAUCUUGAUCAAAUCUUCUUUCAGGAAAA